AUGGAACUAGAACUGACCGUUAAAAAUGUAAGAAACUUGACCAAGACAACUGAUAAUGCGAUGAACAUGAUUGCACCCGUCAAUAAUUUUGCCCAUUGCCUUUUCAAACAGAUUAAUAAGAGACUGAAUGGGACCUUGAUCAGCAAUCAAACGGAUACAUUUCAUUACAAAGCUUAUCUGCAGGCAUUGUCGAAUUACAACCGACAAGAAGGAGAAACAAUCUCGAAUUCUUACGGAUUGUACAAUGCUAUCGAUUUCAAAAUCUUCACUGUCACUGAUAUUGUGAGAGGAACUGCAGAUCAACAGCACCAACGUUCCAAAGACCUGUCCUAAAUUCACGAGGAGUCAAUGGCCAUUCAAUAACACACUUUCAACAAAGAUAAUAAGAUAGUCAUGUAUCCUUCUACGAGAUCCAAGAUCCGCACCUGGUCUUUCCGAGCUGAAGGGAGGGUCCCAGAAAUCCCGAACAUGUUCAAUGAUAGAAUUCCCAAUUUUCCAGCUUUUUGUCUAGUGUGCACAACUGCUUUCAAUGGAAGUUACGCAACGAUUCAUUCUGUUUUACAAAAGAUUGCGUGACUAGUUUUAUACAGAACGUCCAAUGACGUUCCACAAGAUCCACAGGAUAUUUGAUCAAAAGCGAACCCAAUAUGGUCAGACCCACACGUUGGGGACAUCAUUUGGAAGGUGUGGCUGUUAAGGAUGGUAAGAAGAAGAAGACGAUGGAAAAGAUCAUAUUGA